CCCGAAAGCAAAGAGGAGUUAGUGCGUGUGGAGCGGGUACUGUGAACUGGUUUACAAUGCUGCUGCCUUAAGCCUACACAUUCGGAAAUAAACCGUGCUACCUAGACAGAUUGGACGUUUACAAAGAUCCCGAGACAGAGGCCAGCGGUGUGGAGGGAAAAGACUUCCUCAUGAGUUGGUUUGGCGAGCGUCGGAGACGUUAUGGAUUUGACUAAAAUGGGCAUGAUCCAGCUGCAGAAUCCCUACCACCCCACAGCCCUCCUGCAGAAGGCCAACCAGAUGCGCCUGGCGGGGACGCUGUGCGACGUGGUGAUCCUGGUGGACGGGCAGGAGUUCCACGCUCACCGCACCGUGCUGGCCUGCACCAGCAAGAUGUUCGAGAUCCUCUUCCACCGCAACAGCCAGCAUUACACCCUGGACUUCCUCUCACCAAAGACCUUCCAGCAGAUCCUGGACUACGCCUACACCGCCACCCUCCAGGCCAAAGUGGAGGACCUGGACGACCUGCUGUACGCGGCGGAGAUCCUGGAAAUCGAGUACCUGGAGGAGCAGUGCCUGCGCAUCCUGGAGACCAUCCAGUCCACCGACGACAAGGAGGCGGAGCCAGGAGUGGCCGAGGGCGGGGCCGAAGAGGAGGGCGAGCGCAGGGCGAGGCACGGGCGGGGCACGCUGCCCUCCAAGAGGCCGUCCCCGGAGGAGGGCAUGUACGGCGACUCCGCCCACCCACGGCUGGCACUGGCCGGCCCCGCGGAUCAGAGUCCGUCCGUCUCCAUGUCCUUUGGUCUGUCCGCCACUGUGAGCCCCACCAAGGCCGCGGUGGACAGCCUGAUGAGCAUCGGCCACUCGCUGCUGCGGGACGGCCCUCAGGGGGCCCCGCCCGGACUCUCGGGGCGGGGCCAGGUGGAGGCCAUGCAGGUGGACGAGCCGUCAGGGCGGGAGAGCCCCAGGGCCGCGGAGUCUGGCUCGUCUGGGAACGGGGAGCGGAACGGUGAAGCGGAUCGGAACCGUGAGGGGCCCGGCACCCCAACCCGCAGCAGUGUCAUCACCAGCGCCCGCGAGCUGCACUUCGCCCGGGACGAGGGCGCCGGGGACCUUCAGGGCGGGGACACCGGCCAGAUGGGGCCGGAGAAGCACCCACUGCCCCUCUACCCCCCCACCCCCAACCACAAGAUGGCGCUCUCCGUGCCGGCCCCCGGCGGGCCCUCCCUGCACGUCACUCCCGCCCUGGCCAUGUCCAUGGACCUCAGCGCCUACGGCGGCCUGAUCCACUCGUCCAGCUUCAUCCAGAGGGAGUUCUUCAGCAAGCUUGGCGAGUUCACCGCCGUGGUGAAGCCCGUGAGCCGCGGCCAGGAGGAGCGCUGCAGUGUGUGCGGGGCCGAGCUGCUCGACAGCGACGCCGUGGAGCAGCACAGGAAGCUUCACAGUGAGAUGAAAACGUAUGGCUGUGAGCUGUGUGGGAAACGCUUUCUGGACAGUUUACGCCUACGGAUGCACUUGCUGUCUCACUCAGCCGGAGCGAAAGCUUUCGUCUGUGACCAGUGUGGAGCCCAGUUCUCAAAAGAGGAUACCCUGGAGGCACACAGACAGACGCACACAGGCUCGGACAUGGCCGUGUUCUGCCUGCUGUGCGGGAAGCGUUUCCAGACGCAGACGGCCCUGCAGCAGCACAUGGAGGUCCACGCGGGCGUGCGCAGCUACAUCUGCAGCGAGUGCAACCGCACCUUCCCCAGCCACACCGCCCUCAAACGGCACCUGCGCUCCCACACAGGUGACCACCCGUUCGAGUGCGAGUUCUGCGGGAGCUGCUUCCGGGAUGAGAGCACGCUGAAGGGGCACAAGCGCAUCCACACCGGAGAGAAGCCGUACGAGUGCAACGGCUGCGGAAAGAAGUUCAGCCUCAAGCACCAGCUGGAGACCCACUACCGCGUGCACACAGGUGAGAAGCCGUUCGAAUGCAAGCUGUGCCACCAGAGGUCGCGGGACUACUCGGCCAUGAUCAAACACCUGCGCACCCACAACGGAGCCUCCCCCUACCAGUGCACCAUCUGCCUGGAGUACUGCCCCAGCCUGUCCGCCAUGCAGAAGCACAUGAAAGGCCACAAGCCAGAGGACAUCCCACCCGACUGGAGGAUAGAGAAGACCUACCUGUACCUCUGCUACGUCUGAGCAGGGCCCAGACUGCCCGGGGGACAGAACCUGGAGGAAGCCCACGGUAACGCCGAAAACUCAACCCGGAUGAGAGUCAGCGGGACACUUUGUUUUUUUUUUUUCCUUUCUUUGAGGUCCCUGAGGGGGCAGGGAAAAUGGGACAGGAGUGGCAUUGAAGGGGAGGUGACAGAUGAGACCUACAGAACAGUUUCUGUAAAUGUAUGUCUUCAUAUAUGUACAGUAUAUACACAUAACCACAUUCUCACACGUCCUUUAAAAAAAGGGGGUUAAUUUGUGUCUUUGGCGUAAUCUUAUUUUGAUUUUUUUUUGUGUGUGUGUGUGCGUGCGUGUGUGUGCGUGUAUCUUUUUUAUUGUGAGGUCACAAUAGAUCCAUCCGCUAAGGUUCCGGCAGGUGUCGGGACAGCUGCUCUUCCUGAUUUCCAUGUGACAUCUGUUGGCUGUGCUUUUUGCGGUGGCGUGGCAGACCCCCUGGGGUCUGGCUUUGCAGGAACGUGUCCCCCGAUCACAGCCGAGCCCGCUGCUUGCUGAGUGUGACAGGCUGUGUGAGCAUUGCUGUGCUUUUUGGGGGGACAGUUUUGGGUCCCCUCUAUCUCUGCAGAGGUAGAGCGUUCUCCAGUGGCCUGUCAUCUGAUUGUAAGGUUUCAGAUACAAGAGGUCAGGUCUGCUGGCUUCAGUGUCUGUUAUCUCUGAGAGUUCAACAGAGCUUGUGUGUUAACCUGCCCUCUUCCAUUUUAAGAAAAUGCUCCCGGUAACUGCUCCUGCCAUGGGAAUAUAGAGCACUUAGACCUCUAGAUGUGGUACAUUCUCAGAUGAGAAUUAUGAUCAAAAUUAGGCUUGGUACCAGGACUGUUUACCUGUCCAGGGGAGCUGUAUGCAGUAGAAAAAACGUGUAAUUUGACCUAUAACCCCAAAGGUAAAGACUGGUCUCUCUGAGUCAAGUAGGACGGAGUGUUUAAAUAAACCCUGCGUUUCAUUUCUGAAGUCUCAUCACACCUGCUCAUGAUGGCACACAUCGGUUUCCACUGUAAGGGCUUAUUAGAGCAACAGAGUCAUUUUCAGCAGGUAAACUGCGAGAGUUCAGAUGAGUCCAGGAGGCUGUUGUUGUCUCUGUCUUCUUUGUUAUCAUUGGUGAUGACGCCUUUGCACUGUGCAAAGCACACUCUGGUGAAAGAGUGUGUUCGUGUGAUCUCUGUCUCUGCCUGAAACUCACAGUGCUCCUGUGUAGCAGCAUCCAGUGAUGUUUUUUUCUUUUUUUUUUUUGCAUUAAUUUCUCAAAAAACAUUAUGCAAACCUGCCUGAUUUGACAUUUGCUUUUCACAAAUCAUUAAAAUCCUGAUCAGCUCAAAGGGUGGUGGCCUCUUUCAUAGCAGCAAACACACUAAUAAUUAAAACCGCUAGGCUAAAAACAGGUUGCCACGUUAGCUUCGGUCUCUGAGCCAGUGCAGAAUGGCACUUUGAGAAUGAAGUACCGCCACAUAUCUCGAUGGUCAGUGUGAGGAUGUGUUUUUAAUGGACAGUGACGAGAGGUUUCGCCAGCCCAACCCCUGACGACAGCACAGGCUCUUUCUACAGCGCGUUAUGUAAUUGUCUCCUUUGCUUUGUCUGCGUUUCGUAUCUUCGGCUUGGUGUAUUUCUGCACGUUGUACUUGAAUUACCUCGUUCUGUCUCGUGACCUCCUGUGCUGAUGUUCGUAUGUGCGCUGUGGCAUGCCUGCAGACAGUGUGGCCAGAGAUCGGUUUGAAAAGAGACACGCACUCGGGGCUCGAGGAGACGUCGAAACAUGCUGCAGUGAGAUUACAGUGAUGGCACAGCGAGGGUCUGUCAGUCCCACAGUGGGCGGAGCCACCAUGUGCUGUCAGUCACUGACUCACCUGGACCAGUCAGAAUGAGCUUGUUCUCCAUAGUAAAGCAGCAUGAUUAGUUCAAAGUAAUGAGUGAUUGACAGCUCGUGAUGGCUCCUCCCAUUCUGAGGUUUAGGGAGCCGCAUUGCCAUCACGAGAAAAAUUGCAUUUUUUUCACAGAUGUUAAGCAUUCUCAUUACCAAAACUGGUAUUUUUAACCCUACCAUUUCAAGCUGGGGUUGUU